GAGAGAAACCUGAGCCUCGUCACAGCCCCAAAUCCUUAUUUCAUCCUCCCCUGCCUGGCACCAGACGCUCUCUUCUGUCCCCUUCAGCCGUCAGCGCAGCAGCAGAGACCUGCCGGAACAGCCUGCUGCGGGUAGCCUCGGAUACUGGGAAACUACCCAACUCCUGACCCUGAGGAGAGAAAACCCAUGGGGAGUGGAAUGAGCAAGGUUGUCAAAGGACUCUACCUUGGGAAUAUCCGCGACUCUGAGGACCGGGAAAACCUGCUGCGGAACAGGGUGACGCACAUCCUCUCCGUCCACAACAGGGCCAAGCCGGUGCUGGAGGACAUGACCUAUCUCUGUAUCUCGGCCUCGGAUUCCUCCAGUCAAAACCUGCUGCAGCAUUUUAAGGAGUGCAUCAAGUUCAUCCACGAAUGCCGGCUCGGUGGGGGAGGCUGCCUCGUCCAUUGCCUGGCUGGGGUCUCCCGCAGCACCACCAUCCUGGUGGCUUACCUCAUGACGGUGACCGAGCUCGGCUGGGAGGCCUGCCUGGCUGCCACCAAGGCCGUGAGGUCCUACGUCAGCCCCAACUUUGGCUUCCAGCAGCAGCUGCAGGAGUACGAGGCAACCUUGCUGCAGGAGUACCGCACCUGGAUCCGCCGCGACUAUGGCAGGAACCCGUUCAAGGACCAGGAGGAGCUGCAGUGCUUGCUGGCCCAGCAGGAGCAGGGGCAGAAGGAGCAGCAGCUGGGCAGCAGGGAUUGCUCCUGGCUCCGCUCUCCAGCUCCCACCUACCCGCUCCCCUACCACGCAGGUGGCACCGGCAGAAGCAGAUGGAUGAACAGAUAAGCAGCCGGCUGCUCGCAGGCAGACGUUGGCCCUGGGGCUUGGAAAACUCUGUAUUCCCUUUGCCAAGCGCCUGCGGGGAUUCAUGUCUAGGGCAGAAAGCAGCCAGCGCCGGCCUCAGCUUUGGGCUCGAGGGUUGGAGCGAGGGAGUCGGGACUCGCAGACCCUCCCCUCGGCUGCUGGCUCCGUGUAUACCCCUGGGCAAGCCGGUUAGUUGAUGACAGCGUCUUGUUCUGUCCCGUUCCCCAGUUUCCCAGUGGAUCGUGGCCACUUUUCCGUCACCCAGGGCAGCAGCAAGCCCCGUCCCUCUCUCCAGCAGCAUGGUACCCGGCAGCUCCUGCAGCAGGGCGUGGGGAUGCCAAUGGGGAGCUUGGAAAAACAGGGUGGGAUGCGAUGGGGAGAGACCACCUUGUAUUCUGCUUUGCAGUGAAGCUGGAGGCCGAUGCAACCUGAGAGGCUGCCCUGAGCAGGGGGGAUGUGUCCCGGGAUGCGGGUGUGCUGCCAAGCCCGGCUGUCACCCCGCGGGAUGGAUGGAGAGGGGCUGGAGGCUCCUGGGGCUGCAGAUGCCCCUUGCCGUGCUUGGACUUUCCUGGUCCAGCCUGUCCUUGGCAGGUGUCUGUCUGGCAUUUUCCUUAACUCCCCCCCUGCCAGGGAGGGGGGAAAUCCAGCUGUGCCGGAGGCUGCCUGUCCCCACCGCCUCCAUCCCUGGAGCCGGAGUGGUUUUGGGUUUCCCCUGUCGCCCCAUCUGAAUGUCCCCGGUUGCAAAAGCAGCCAAUUGCUCGAUUUGACUCAGUCGAAUCCCCAGACCAAUUUAACGCCGUCCCUCUCCAACAGCCUCUUUAGUAUUGAAGGAUCGUGACUACGACCCUUUUUACAUCCCAAACUCAUACCCCGUGUUUCCAAAGCGUGGCCUCGUUGCCUUCCUUUGCCAGGACUCCCCACAUCCAUCCUAAAAGGGCAGGGGGGGUCCAUCCUAAAAGGGCAGGGGGGGUCCCAACCCAUCGACGCAGCCCUUCUACAUUCAAACCUGCAAAUCUUCCACGCCAGCUUGGCCUUUUACUAUAAAUACCUUGCCCGGCUCCUCAAAAAUAUCUGUUCUGCAAUCCGUUCUGAGAAAAAAAAAAAAAAAAAGGCACUUAAAAUAUUUCUAGGAAUUCCCUUAAUGAAAAUUUCUGGGUACUCUGAGUGUGACAGCGCUGGGGGCGACUUGCCCGACUCCUAAUAAAGAGGAGAGUGAUUAAA